AUGCGGACACCCGCCACGCCCCCAGACACCCAGCCGCGUCCCCAGACCCCCAGCCGCGUCCCCAGACCCCCAGCCACGCCCCCAGACCCCCAGCAGCGCCCCCAGCCUCCCAGCAGCGCCCCAGCCUCUUUCCCCCAGCAGAGGCCCGACCACCGGCAGCAGCGCCCUAAACCUUCCAGCAGCGCCCCCCAGCAGGGCCCUCAGCCCACAGCCGCGCCCCAACCCCACAGCCGCGCCCCCAGACCCCCAACAAUCAGCACCCCGAAGCCUUCCAGCAGGACCCUCAGCCCCCCAGCAGUGUCCCCAGCCCCCCAGCAGAGCCCCCAGAACUCCCAGCAGCGCCCCCAGAACCCCCAGCAGCGCCCCCAGAACCCCCAGCAGCUCCCCCAGAACCCCCAGCAGCGCCCCCAGAACCCCCAGCAGCUCCCCCAGAACCCCCCGAGUUCUUCAGCCUCGGGCCCUAGGCAGCUCCCGCCGUCCCCACCACCCCCGCCACCGGGGUCAGGACCAGCCCGCGGGCGCCGCAGCGUCCAGCCAGCGCCCCUCGCCAUGCCCGCCCCCCCCUCUGCCCCGCGGCUCCGCGCCCGCCCGCUGCCCGACCACGCCAGCGGCGCGUCCAGCGCGGUCAGCGAGCUGGACGAGGCGGACCGCGAGGUGGGCAGCCUGACCGCGCGCGCCUUCCGCAGCCUGGCCUUCCCCUGCUUCGAGGCGCUGCGCGUGUGCUCGCGGGAGUCCACGCUGUCCGCGCUGUCCACGCUGUCCGGGGCCCGCUCGGCGCGCCUGGACCUCAAGCGCGGGGAGCCGGCCGGCCAGGGGGGGGGACGCUGCCCGUCCCGCCGCGGACACGCGCGGCCGCUGGACUUUGUGGUCAGCAAGGUGCACGGCGAGAUCCAGCACGUGGACACGCCGCUCGGCUUUCCCAGGCCGCCGGCCUCGCGCCCGCCCAGCCCCGCGGCCACCGACGACGGCGCGGCCUCCUCGGCCUCGGACGGCAGCCGGGCGCCCCGCAGGGCCUCGCUGGCCUGCAGCCUGCUGCAGAACGUGCUCUCCAAGAAGAUGCAGCUGGAGCGCGAGUUCCGGCUGGAGCGCGGGGCGGGGGUCGCGGCGGCACCCGGGGGUCUGGAGCGCGGGGCCGGGGGUCCGGAGCGCGGGGCCGGGGGUCUGGAGCGCGGGGCCGGGGGUCUGGAGCGCAAGGCCGGGGGUCUGGAGCGCGGGGCCGGGGGUCUGGAGCGCAAGGCCGGGGGUCUGGAGCGCGGGGCCGGGGGUCUGGAGCGCAAGGCCGGUGGGCUGGAGCGCGGGACGGGGGAGCUGGAGCUCAGGGCCGGGGGUCUGGAGCGCGGGGCCGGAGAGCUGGAGCUCAGGCCUGGGGGUCUGGAGCGCAGGGCUGGGGGUUCGGGAGCGGCCGGGGGGCCCAGCGGCCAGCAGCGCCGGGGCUCGCAGCUGUCCGACGCGGGCUCGGAGCCGGAGGCGGGGGGCAGCGGCUCGCCGGUGUUCCAGGCCCGGACGCCCCGCGAGGCCGGACCGGGGCUCCCGCGUAGCCGGCCGAGCGCCUUCCGGUCGUGGUCGCUCCCCGAGGCCGAGCGGGAGGACCCCGGCCCGUGCUCUCCGCCCCCCGCGCGACCCACGCUGCUGUCCCGCCUGUUCGUGCCCGGCCCGCAGCGCAGCGCCCCCGCCCGGCGCCCUGGCCCGCAGGCCACCAAGUGCUCGGCCACCAAGUGCGCGGCUCCCGAGGCCCCGCAGCCGCCAGGCCCCGACUUUGACAUCGCACAGCUGCUCACACCGCGCCUGGGGCCCCCCCGCGAGGACGCGGGCCGCGCGCCCCCCCGAGCCCCGCGCGCCGACGGCCCCGACCGGGUGCCGCACUUCCAGGUGCGCGACGUGCGUGACAAAGCCCGCGCCGCCGGCCCGCGCCACCAGGUGCGCGACGUACGCAGGCUGCUCAAGGGCGCGGGCGACGGCGACAGGGGGGGCGACAAAGCGGCCGACACGGCCGGCGACAGGGCGGGCGGCACCCCCGAGCAGCCCCGGCCGCAGCCCCGGCCCGCGUCGCCCCCGGCCGCGGCCACCGUGCUGGUGCACCGCGCGUCCGGCCGGCUGCCCGUGGCCACCAUCGCGCCCAGCAAGCCGGAGCAGGGCUCCUUCCUGCCGGUGCUGCGGCUCAGCCCCGGGGGGGCGCCGGGGGGCGCGCUGCAGCGGCUGACGGCGGCCGUGCGCUCCAUGGAGCAGCGCCUGCGCCUCGGGCCGCCGGGGGGCGACGGCAGGCCGCGCGCAGAGGCCCCCCCGGCCCCCGCCGGGCCCCGGCAGCAGGGGGCGCCCCCGCCCCGGCCCCCCGGCCUGCAGCGCCGCCACUCCAACCCCGGCGCCGCGCCCGCGCCCGCGCCCGCGCCCCCCGAGGGCCUGGCCCGCGCCCGGCCGCGCUCGCUCUGCCUGCCGCCCGCGCCCCCGCGGGGCUCCCCCCCGGGCAAGGCCGACCCGGGCCCCGCGGCCCUGAGCAGCCUGCCGCCGCUCAGCGCCCGCAGCCAGGCGCCCUCCGGGGGCAGCCGCACCGCCUGGAGGAGCCCGGCCGCCGGCGCCCCCGAGCCCCCCGCCGCCCCCGCGGCAGCCCCGGCGCAGCAGCCCGGGGGGCUGCUGUGCGUGGCCCCGGCCGCCCCGCGCGCGCAGGCGCAGGCGCAGACGCAGCGCAAGGUGCUGCUGGACGUGAGCACCGGCCAGUACUUCCUGGUGGACGCGCCGCUGCGGCCGCCCGCGCGCCGCCUGUUCGACCCCGAGACCGGCCAGUACGUGGACGUGCCGCUGCCCGCGCCGCCCGCGCUAUCGCCGCUGUCGCCGCUGUCGCCCGUGGCGCUGGGCACCGGCUAUGCGCCCGCGCUGCUGCUGUGCCCCGGCCUGCUGCCCGCCGUGCUGCCCGCCGAGCCCGCGCCCGACGCCGCCGGCCUGUACCCGCUGCUGCCCGGAGCCCGCCUCGUCGCGCCUCCCGCCUACGACUUCGCGGUGGAGCCGCGCUGAGCAGGUGGAAUGGAGGAGUGCUCUCGGGCUGCUGCCGCCAUGGCCUGUGCUAAGGAUGGAGGAGUCCUGUGGGCCAGCGGCAUCCGCCCACACAGCACUGGGCCGGCGCCUGAGAGACAGUGAGCAUGUGUGGCUUCAUCUCGCCGAGCGCCUGGACUGUCGGACUGUCGCGUUUCCCGGGACACCGUCUCUUUUGUGCCCCCACCAUCGCCCCCAAGUCCCUCUCCCCACGGUCACCAGGCUGCAGAGCCGACUGCAGCUGUGGAGCCGUUGGCCCUGGCGAGGGGAUGCCCGCUGCCCCCUGCACCGUCGCACCAGGCCUGGGUGAUGAUGUGGAAGGCCG